CGGGCCCCCAGCCCGGGGCAGCGCUUCGGUGGCGACUACGGCCGGGGUAGCAGCGAAGGCGGCGGCGGCAGUGGCCGCUGCAGCCCCACACUCGGCAGCCAAACUGGAGGAGCGACGGAAGCCGGACCCCAGGAGGAAACUCAAAAGUUGCCCAGAAGGAAAGGAAGGUUCCAUGUGGGUGUUGGCUGUUUGACCUAAUGGUCUAAAUGAAAUGGAAAAAGAGAGCAUGGAGUGGUCCUAAUGGCUCAGUUUCCAACAAUAAACCUGGAUGGAGGAUGAAGCUGUCCUGGACAGAGGGGCUUCUUUCCUUAAGCAUGUGUGUGAUGAAGAAGAAGUAGAAGGCCACCACACCAUCUACAUUGGGGUCCAUGUGCCGAAGAGCUACAGGAGAAGGAGACGUCACAAGAGAAAGACGGGGCACAAAGAAAAGAAGGAAAAGGAAAGAGUCUCUGAGAACUACUCAGACAAGUCUGACGUGGAAAACGCCGAUGAGUCCGGCAGUAGCAUCCUCAAGCCGCUCAUCUCUCCCGCCGCAGAGCGAAUCCGAUUCAUCUUGGGCGAGGAGGAUGACAGCCCAGCACCCCCUCAGCUCUUCACCGAACUGGAUGAGCUGCUGUCCGUGGAUGGGCAGGAGAUGGAAUGGAAGGAGACAGCGAGGUGGAUUAAAUUUGAAGAAAAAGUGGAAGAGGGUGGGGAGAGAUGGAGCAAGCCCCACGUGGCCACAUUAUCCCUUCACAGCUUAUUUGAGCUGAGGACGUGUAUAGAGAAAGGAUCCAUCAUGCUUGACAGGGAGGCUUCUUCUCUUCCACAGUUGGUGGAUAUGAUUGUUGACCAUCAGAUUGAGACAGGCCUUUUGAAACCCGACCUUAAGGAUAAGGUGACCUACACUUUGCUCCGGAAGCAUCGGCAUCAAACCAAGAAAUCCAACCUUCGAUCCCUGGCUGACAUUGGGAAGACAGUCUCCAGUGCAAGUAGAAUGUUUGCCAGCCCUGAUAAUGCCCGCAGCCCGCUUGAGAACUCAGUGCCCUGCCUAGCAACCCGCACCCUGGACGAUGACCCUCGAGUGCGGCGUGCUCCCAGCGUGGGAUGGCUGAGUAGCCCAGCCCUGACCCAUAGGAAUCUGACUUCUGCCAGUCUGAAUGACAUUUCUGAUAAACCUGAGAAGGACCAGCUGAAGAACAAGUUCAUGAAAAAACUGCCCCGUGAUGCAGAAGCCUCCAACGUGCUUGUCGGGGAGGUCGACUUCUUGGAUGCGCCUUUCGUUGCCUUUGUUCGGCUGCAGCAGGCAGUCAUGCUGGGUGCCCUGACUGAGGUCCCUGUGCCCACCAGGUUCUUAUUCAUUCUCCUAGGUCCUAAGGGGAAAGGCAAGUCCUACCAUGAGAUUGGCAGAGCCAUUGCCACCUUGAUGUCUGACGAGGUGUUCCAUGACAUUGCUUAUAAAGCAAAAGACAGGCAGGACCUGAUCGCUGGCAUAGAUGAGUUCCUAGAUGAAGUCAUUGUCCUUCCCCCUGGGGAAUGGGAUCCAACGAUCAGGAUAGAGCCUCCUAAGACUCUUCCAUCAUCUGACAAAAGAAAGAACAUGUACUCGGGUGGAGAGAAUGUUCAGAUGAAUGGGGACACUCCCCAUGACGGCGGCCAUGGAGGAGGAGGAGGACAUGGGGACUGUGAAGAAUUGCAGAAAACUGGACGGUUCUGUGGUGGACUAAUUAAGGACAUAAAGAGGAAAGCACCAUUUUUUGCCAGUGAUUUUUAUGACGCUUUAAAUAUUCAGGCUCUAUCAGCAAUUCUCUUCAUUUAUCUGGCGACUGUAACUAAUGCGAUCACGUUUGGAGGACUGCUUGGGGAUGCCACUGACAACAUGCAGGGUGUGUUGGAGAGCUUCCUGGGCACGGCCGUCUCUGGAGCCAUCUUCUGUCUCUUCGCUGGUCAGCCCCUCACUAUUCUGAGCAGCACGGGGCCUGUUCUGGUUUUUGAGAGGCUUCUAUUUAAUUUCAGCAAGGACCAUGAUUUUGACUACUUGGAGUUUCGCCUUUGGAUUGGCCUGUGGUCAGCCUUCCUGUGCUUCAUUUUGGUAGCCACUGACGCCAGCUUCCUGGUUCAGUACUUUACUCGCUUCACUGAAGAGGGCUUCUCUUCUCUGAUUAGCUUCAUCUUUAUCUACGAUGCUUUUAAGAAGAUGAUCAAGCUAGCCGAUUACUACCCCAUCAACUCUGACUUCAAAGUGGGCUACAAUACUCUCUUUUCCUGUACCUGUAUGCCGCCCGACCCAGUUAAUAUCUCAAUAUCUAAUGACACCACAUUGGCUCCAGAGGAAUUGCCAACUACUGACACGUACUACAAUGCUACCUUUGACUGGGCACUUUUGUCGAAGAAGGAGUGUUUGAAACAUGGAGGCCAGCUCGUGGGGAGCAACUGCGAUUUUGUUCCUGAUGUCACACUCAUGUCUUUCAUCCUCUUUUUGGGCACCUACACCACUUCCAUGGCUCUGAAAAAAUUCAAAACCAGUCGUUAUUUUCCAACCAUGGCAAGAAAACUGAUCAGUGACUUUGCCAUCAUCUUGUCCAUUCUCAUCUUUUGUGUAACAGAUGCCCUGGUAGGUGUGGAUACUCCAAAAUUAAUUGUGCCAAGUGAGUUCAAGCCAACGAGUCCGAACCGCGGUUGGUUUGUCCCACCGUUUGGCAAAAACCCCUGGUGGGUGUACCUGGCAGCUGCUAUCCCCGCUUUGUUGGUCACCAUUCUCAUUUUCAUGGACCAGCAAAUCACAGCUGUGAUUGUAAACAGGAAGGAGCAUAAACUCAAGAAAGGAGCUGGAUAUCACCUGGAUCUCUUUUGGGUGGCCAUCCUCAUGGUGGUGUGCUCCUUCAUGGCUCUUCCAUGGUACGUGGCUGCGACUGUCAUCUCCAUUGCUCACAUCGACAGUCUGAAGAUGGAGACGGAGACCUCUGCCCCUGGAGAACAGCCCAAGUUUCUUGGAGUGAGGGAACAAAGAGUCACUGGAACCCUUGUGUUUAUUCUGACUGGCCUGUCAGUCUUCAUGGCUCCCAUCUUGAAGUUUAUUCCCAUGCCUGUACUCUAUGGCGUGUUCCUGUAUAUGGGGGUAGCAUCUCUUAAUGGUGUCCAGUUCAUGGACCGCCUGAAGCUGCUCCUGAUGCCUCUGAAGCAUCAGCCUGACUUCAUCUACCUGCGCCACGUCCCGCUGCGCAGAGUCCACCUGUUCACCUUCCUGCAGGUGUUGUGUCUAGCCCUGCUCUGGAUCCUCAAGUCCACCGUGGCUGCUAUCAUUUUUCCAGUCAUGAUCUUGGCACUGGUAGCUGUCAGAAAAGGCAUGGACUACCUCUUCUCCCAGCACGACCUCAGCUUCCUCGAUGAUGUCAUUCCAGAAAAGGAAAAGAAAAAGAAGGAAGAUGAGAAGAGAAAGAAAAAGAAGAAAGGAAGUCUGGACAGUGACAUUGAUGAUGAGAAAGAUCACCAACAUUCCUUGAACACCACACAUCAUGCUGAUAAAAUUCCUUUUCUUCAGUCACUGGGUAUGCUCAGUCCUCCUAAAACUCCAGUACAAGGUGUGCCUCAAAUCAGAAUAGAACUUGAGCCUGACGACAAUGAUGAUUACUGGAGGAGCAAGGGAACAGAAACUACAUUGUAACUUGUUUGUCUUUCCUCAAACUAACAGAUUUUCUUGUUCAUGGUCUUGUUUUUUUCAUCUGGUUGUUUAUUUUUAAUUCUUGUUUUGUUUUGGGGUUUUGGUCAUUGGCCAAAUAGUACAGUGCUCUCUCUGCUUCUCCCUAGCGUAAGGUAAAACUAAGACAAUAGUGCACCAUUCCUGAAAAACAGCCCCUGAAGAGUCCCCUUUUCAUUAUACGUUCAGAUGUAUCCUCUGACAACCAGAUUCCUCUGUCAUGCAAGACACGCACAGACCUGGUCCUUUUCCUUCCUUAACCAGAGGUCAAAAGUAUUAAGGAUUUUAUGACACCUUUUAUUCAAAUACUGAAGGAACUUACCACUUGAGCUUUGGAGCUGUGCUUACUGGCUUGUCUUUCUGUCUGGCAGAACAAACCUUGAUCUCCAGACAGUUUCCUCUCGCUUACGGAGCUCUCCAGAACUGGAAAAGUGCUGCUAUUCUAAUUUGCUCUUGCUUAGGAACCCUAAUCCUAGAAUUCUCAAAAGAAGAACAACUAAAGGUACUUUAUUCCCUGUAGCGAAACUAUUGCCAUCAUUGUAGCAAGUGCUGGAAUGUCCCUUUUUCCUAUGCAACUUUUUUUAACCCUUUAAUGAACUUAUCUGUUGAGUACAUUUGAAGAAUAUUUUUCUUCCUAGAUUUUGUUGUUUAAAUUAUGGGGCCUAACCUGCAACUUAUUUUUUUGUCAAUUUUUUAAACUUUUUUUUAAUUACUGUAAAAUAAUGAAUUUUUUCCUGCAGCAGGAAACAUAGUUUUGAGUAGUUCUACCUCUUAUUUGUAGCUGCCAGGCUUUCUGUAAAAAUUGUAUUGUAUAUAAUGUGAUUUUUACACACAUAUACACACUCAUACACACACACACACACAAUCUUUAAGGUAAGCCAGAGGGCUAGAUCAGAGGAAAAACACCAUGUUUCUAAGCAUCGAUUUUCCCUUUCCUUAAAAGAAAUUUAUCUGUUCUGUGAAGGAGAAUGGGGGAGAAGGGAGAAGCUCCUAUGUUAUGGGAAUAACUGAUGCUUUGAUAACAGUACUAUCCAGGCACAGAUGCUAAUUGUAUUAUCAUGUCCAUGUCCUAUGCAGUAUUGUUAGAUUUUGUUUUUUCACUUUGAAAUAUUUGUGUGUUUGUGUAUAUACUCUGUGUGUGGCUGGUGCAUAUAUGUGCAAAGUUAUGGACAGAGUAAUGGUAGGCAAAAGGCAAAGUUACCCAGCCUCUUGUGUCAGUUGUCAUAAAACCCAAACCAUAUAUGAAAAAUCCAUCGGAGGUCUAAGAGACUUACGGUCAUGUAAAUGAGGGUGGAUAUAUUUUAUUAUUCAGAUAUCAGUAACCAUCACUGAUACAGUAGCCCAUAAUUACAAUACAAAAUUCAUAGAAAUAUCAGUAGACCAUUUGCACAUUUAUAAAGUGUUUAUGGCAUGACAAAUAGAUCUGCAGAGGUAUAUGUGUAUACAUUGUAAUAAGACUUACACAUUUUUUAGGAUAGAAAGGCAAUUCCUUGUGAUUGGGAAGUUUAGAAUAUAUACGUGUAUAUGUGUGUACGUAUGUGUAUAUAUAUAUUAUAUAUAUACAUAUAUAUAUUUCAAAGUACCAUUUUGAAAAUUAGAAAAAAGAAAAUAUUAAUUAAAUUACCAUGUUAUUUUAAUAUAAUGCUUUUAAUAGGUUGAAUUACGUAUUAUGAAUCUGCAUUAAAAAUGUUAAAAUGUUGAAUCCCUAUUUUGGGGUCAUAUGGUCACGUUUUGUGGUGCAUCCUAAGUAAAAUAGAUUGUCAGAAGAGUUCAGAAACUGAACAAAGCCACCUAUUUUGGUUUCAUAAUAUAUACAUAGUGAUUCCUACUUAUUUUUAUAUUAAUUAAAUUAUAAUACUGCCCUCUUAAAAUUCUGAUUACAAAAAAUUUAUUCUGAAUUAGCUGUUUCUUUUAGAGUACCGGAUAAUCUUAAAACCUUCAAUUUUAUACAAAUUAGAUAUAAAUGACCUGCAGUUUUUUCAUUCAAAUGAAAGUGGCAAAUUAAUUGUUAUUUAUUAAAACCUCACAUGCUAAAUUUUGGCUUGUAUUUACAACUAUUCUUAAAAUGAUUACUCUCUAUAUUAUAUAGUUUUUUCAUUAAACUAAGAUAAAAUUAGAAGCUUUCCCCCCUUUUUUUAACUGAUAGAAGCACCAAUAAAAUGUUUGAAAGCCAUGCAUAAUAUAUUCAGCCUAACCUAAAAUCUUGUCAAAUUAAUGACAUUUUUGUUCAUUUUUAUAAAAUCUAGCUAUAAUAAUUUAUUUUUCUUAUCAUGAAUCAAGUAUUUGAGGAUUCAUGCCCCUCUCCAUCCCUUUAAGAAAAACCUCCUAAAACAACUUAAUUCAGCCUUUGAGUAGAUCUAAAAGUUAUCUGCACCUCUGUGUAUGAUGCAUGUUCAAUGACUGGUUGAUACUUACAAUAUGAAUGUGGAACAAUACGUUAUGUUUGCUAAAAGGAUCAUAGGUAUCAAACCUUUUCAAUAUUUUGGGACCCAGGGACGUAUUUAAAAAGUCAUAACUUUCAGAGGAAUAGUAAUAGUUACCCAACAAACAAAACCUGAGGUCCACACAGAGCCACCAAAUUAUCUCUAUCUCAAUUGAAUUUACUCAUUAUUUAAGAACUAAUCAGAUUGUGUGGUUUUGUUUCUUUGUAAACUGGACACACAGAAAACACUGGUAAAAUUUUACAAAGUGUUUCUCCCUGAUGUGAAUACGGACAAAAAAUGAUGUAAGUUGUUAGAAGUAAAGAAGUAAGUAACUAAGUGUACACUCAGAAUUGUUAACCAGAGCGCUUGGCUGUACACACUUGUUGGAAGGAAAGAUCACUGGGCCAAGAGUCUGCCUUAUGGAAACAAAAGGUCUCUGGCUUUGCAUUUGAAAGAAAAUAUCUUGGAGGCACCGUUUUCCUUGAUGAAAGUCACUCUUCUCUACUAUGUGAAACCAGGACUUGGAACCCUAAUUAUUUUGUGUGCCAUCUGCAGUAGUGUUCCUGAUUGUUCUUCCAGUCAAGCUGUGGAAUGGGGGUAGGGAGGUGGAUGCUUAAAGAAGUAGGAAAAAGGCCUCUCUAAUCAGCCCCCUAACCUCAAAGAAUGGGGGUGGGGGUGAGCGGUGCGGGGGGAGUAAUUGUCUGCCUCAGUAAUUCAGGUGUGUAGUUCUAUAUAUUUUAUGCACAUGCACCAGUACACACAGAGUAAAUCUUUUAUCAGCUCUAUAUCGAUGUUUAAUACAGAGAACGAUUGUCUUCCGAGUUUUGGUUCUUUUUUGUUUGUUUGUUUUGUUUUUAACUGUGUUAAAGUACUUGAAUUGUAUUGACUGCUGACUAUCUUUAAAAAACGAAACAAAACUAUUUGAGUUGUAUUACAGAGGUUGACAUUGUUCAGGGAUGGGACAAAGCUUCCUUCAAUCCUUUUCAUACCACUUAACGAUUUUGGUGCAGGAACUUGGGAUUUUCUUUUUAUUUCUUAUUUCACAUCUGCUCUUCACAGCAUGAGCAUGCAGCCCAGUGGCACCAAGGGGCGGAAUACAAUCACAUGACAGUUUGUGGCCCUUGACCAUCUGAAGGGCUGUGGGAGUUUGGAGAUGAUGAUUUCAUUGAGCUUCACUGCAGCCUGAAAUACAGUUUUGUGAUAUAUGCAAACACCAAGUUGUGUUCGGGCGAGAUAUUUGCAUAUGUCCUAUUUUUGGCUCAUUUCUUUGUGUUCUGUGGGUACAUACAAAAAAUUCUGAAUUAUAUUUCCUAGGCAAAUAUUGCAACUCAGGGCUAAUGUCAUCCAGUAAAACUUUUAGAGCCAGAAGUAACUUUGUCCCAUUCCUACAAUGUGAAAAGCGUGAAUAGUUGCCUCUUUUUAAGCCAUUUUCAUGGCUGGUACAUAUUCAUACACAUUACUUUUCAGAAUCAAUACGCACUUUCAGAUAUUCUUAUUUUUAUUCUCUUAAGUCUUUAUUAACUUUGGAGAAAUGAUGCAUCUUUUUAUUUCAAAUGAAGUAGAUCAACAUGGUGGAACAAAAUGAUAAAGAACAGAAAACAUUUCAAUAUAUUACUAAUAAUUUUUUCCAAUAUAAAACCUAAAAUUCCUAUAACAUUAUAGUAUUUUACAGUUUUAUGAAGCUUUCUAUUGUGACUUUUAUGGAAUUAAGAGAUGAAGAAGAUGAGAUAUUUUAGCAUUUAUAUUUUUCAAAAUUAAAUGUAUACUUAAAAUAAAGUAACUUUAUGCA